GAUAAGAACUAAUACAAACAAACCACUUGUGUGGGGCGCUCAGGUUCUGACGUCACGUCCGCUCUUUCGUCAUCACCGAGCGACUAACGCGCCGACGGUGUUUGAAGCGGAUUCCCUCGUUUGAACGAAAUGGCACCAUCACCCACAAAGCGGAAAGAUGAGGAGAAAACUAAGGACAGAGGUAAAGAAAAGAGUGAAAGAAAGGAAGGAGACAAGGAGAGAGGACGGGACAAAGUAAGGAAACGACGCAGUGCAUCGAGUGGUAGCAGCCACAGAUCGAGCUCUGCAUCAAGCAGCAGCUCUGGUUCCAGUUCAGGCUCCUCAAGUGGGUCCAGCUCAUCUGGUACCAGUCGCUCUGGUUCCUCUAGCUCUCGCUCCUCGUCUUCCAGCUCCUCUGGCUCCCCGAGCCCCAGCCGCAGACGGCACGACAACCGCCGCCGCUCACGCUCAGAGUCCAAAACACAAAAGAGGGGCGAUGAUAAGGAAAGAAGGAAAAGAAGCCCGAGCCCCAAACCAACUAAACUCCACCUGGGCCGGCUGACCAGGAAUGUCACCAAGGACCACAUCCAGGAGAUCUUUUCCACUUAUGGGAAAAUAAAAAUGGUUGACAUGCCAGUGGAUAGGCUCCACCCACACUUGUCCAGGGGCUACGCCUACGUGGAGUUUGAGACCCCCGAGGACACCCAAAAGGCCCUGAAACACAUGGACGGAGGUCAGAUUGACGGACAGGAAAUCUCCGCAUCUGCCGUGCUGACUCAGCGAGUCCGCCCUCCACCUCGUAGACCCUCUCCCCCUCGCAGAAUGCCCCCACCACCACCUAUGUGGCGUCGCAGCCCUCCACGCAUGAGGAGAAGGUCCCGCUCACCGAGGAGGCGGUCCCCAGCACGCCGCCGCUCUCGCUCCAGAUCUCCUGGUCGCAGGCGCCACCGCUCCCGCUCCAGCUCUAACUCCUCGAGAUAGACCGGUUUCCUGCCUCCAGAUUCCAAGUGAUCACCCUCCUGCUUUGACUGAUAUUGUGGACUUACCAGAAUAAGUUCAUUUGAUUUGUAUCCAAUAUAAACAUCUGCCUGCAUGUGGGAAGUGGAUUUUUUGUUUUUGUUUUGUGUUUAUUCUGAAAAGUUGGCACAAUGUUGUGUCAGGCCUAGUUUGGUCUCUUUUUAAAGUGUUUCUUCUUUUUACCAUGUUCUGAAUUUUUUUGGAUAUUUUGACAAAUAAAGGUUCUGAAACAUG